AUGGAGUAUUCCGGAACUGCGGUCCUGAACCCCGUGCGGCCCGAUCACUCGUUAUGGGGAAGAAGCACACCGCAAUCUCAGAUUAUCAUCAACCCCUCGCAGUCCUCGGCCGCCAUUAAGCCCGACCCCAUCACUCUCCCUAUCACCACCACGACCACGACCACCACUAUCACCGCUACUGCCACCGCUACUGCCCUGAUCAUGAAUAAAGAUUCGCCCUCGCAGUCGCUCUCCCAAUCCACCUCGCUUGACAAACCCAUUCUGCCCAUGGAACCCACCCACCCUGGUCGCGGCAAACAACUCACCAUUCCCGAGCAAGUAUGCCUCGUCAAACUAUGUGCCGCCUCCAUGGAUGACUACGAUGCCCACGCCUACCCGAAGAGUUUCUGGAUUAAGAUCGCCAACACCCUCGAGAUGCGGACCGGCCGUCGCUACUCCUGGCAAUCUUGUCGUCGUCGCAUCUAUACCUACGUCGCCAAACGCUCCGCUUACUAUGAAUCCUUCCGACAAGGUCGCCCCCACCCGACCAUCGACAUACCCAAGGAAGUUCUCGGCCUAUUGAACCAUUGGAUCAGCGACAUUGACCGGGCCAAGUACACUGAGAACCGCCUGACCGAGGAAGUGCCGACCAAGCCCAAGCCCGUUGCUCCGGUCGCUGCACCGGUGCACAAGGAGACUACCACGGCCCAGCCGGCGGCGCGGGUCACCCUUCCCGGACACGAUAUGGUGGUCACCAUGAACCGGGUAUAUACCUGGCUCCGGAAUCUCCCACCCCCGGAGGAGAUGGAGCAGAUGGCCAUCUGGGGCGAGGAACCGAAGGUCGCCGCCGCUCCAGUGCGAACGCGGAGUGAUGUAUUCGCCGCCUUCGCUCGCCCACUCAGCCGAGAUACUACCCCGCAGCAAACGCACCGGUCGCUCUUAGGAGUCGGGGACCGCCUUGGUCAAACAACUGCCCAGCGUUUGGCGGAGGAAAGAACCAGCUCCCCUUCGCAGGCAAUGGCUCCGCGGUCAUCGUCUAUGGCUCUCCACCAGUCCUCUCUGGGUCACAAUCCUCUCAAGAGACACCGGGAUGCCGAUGACGAGGGCGUCUGCGACCGCCCCGCCCAACGUCUUCGCGCCUACCCUGAUGGCAAUGCGGCCGCCUUGAACCCGGCCCUUGGUGGAUCCGUGGACAAGUCGUUGCUCGUGUUCCGCCACAAGAUGAAGAUGAUCGAAGAAUGUAUUGAGUUCACCUUCGGCAAGAUUAUCGACCGAAUCUCCCCGGGCAUGGGACGACAGGAGACCAAGCCGCCGGGGUUUCCGGGAGCGUGCGAGUCGAUUAUUAAUGAUCUUUUCAAGGAUGUGGGCAUGUCGGUUGCCCGGGCCUUGUUGCGCAUCGACAAGGCAUCUGCUGCAGAACGUGCAGCCACGAACACGAACUAA